GGCUCUUUCCCUUUCCGGGUGCGGGUCCCCGGGCGGAGCGGCGGGACGGCGCGGCGGCGGCGGCGGGCGGGCGCGGGGCGCGUGUCAUGGCGGAGCUGGCGCAGGGGCAGAGCGCAGCGCCCGUGGGGAUCAAGCCCGAGGGGUUCGUCGACGCUCUGCACCGGGUCCGGCAGAUUGCUGCUAAAAUUGGAGAUAUUCCUCACUUGAAUAAUUCUACAACACUUGUGGACCCAUCAGUCUACGGUUAUGGAGUGCAGAAACGGCCCCUGGAUGAUGGAGGUCUCCGUGUAAGUGGGCUCCAUGGAGCACAGAUAAGAGACACAGAGAGAAUAGGUAACCAGUUAGGGGCCCUGGUACAUCAAAGGGCUGUAAUAACAGAAGAAUUCAAAGUGCCUGAUAAAAUGGUUGGAUUUAUAAUUGGCAGGGGAGGUGAACAGAUCUCACGGAUUCAGGCAGAGUCUGGCUGCAAGAUUCAAAUUGCUUCAGACAGUGGUGGGAUGCCUGAGAGGCCCUGUAUACUCACUGGGACGCCAGAGAGCAUUGAACAAGCAAAACGGCUACUGGGGCAGAUUGUAGAUCGCUGUCGGAACGGACCUGGUUUUCACAACGAUGUUGAUGGCAACAGUACGAUUCAGGAGAUUUUGAUCCCGGCAUCCAAAGUGGGUCUAGUCAUCGGCAAAGGAGGUGAAACAAUAAAACAGUUGCAGGAGCGAACAGGUGUGAAAAUGAUAAUGAUCCAAGAUGGCCCGUUGCCUACUGGAGCAGAUAAACCUCUCCGUAUUACUGGAGAUGCAUUUAAAGUACAGCAAGCAAGGGAAAUGGUACUGGAGAUCAUCCGAGAGAAAGAUCAGGCAGACUUCCGAGGCGUACGCAAUGAUUUCAGUUCUAGAAUGGGAGGAGGCAGCAUAGAGGUCUCUGUGCCCAGGUUUGCUGUUGGAAUUGUGAUAGGAAGAAAUGGAGAAAUGAUCAAAAAGAUUCAGAAUGAUGCUGGAGUUAGGAUUCAAUUUAAACCAGAUGAUGGGAUUAGUUCUGAAAGAGUCGCACAGGUCAUGGGGCUUCCCGAUAGGUGUCAACACGCAGCACACAUCAUCAGUGAGCUCAUUCUCACAGCACAGGAGCGAGAUGGCUUUGGAAGCUUGGCUGUUGCCCGAGGAAGAGGUCGUGGCCGUGGGGACUGGAGUGUUGGAACACCUGGGGGCAUGCAGGAAAUAACCUACACGGUGCCAGCUGAUAAGUGUGGUCUUGUUAUAGGCAAAGGUGGUGAGAACAUCAAAAGCAUAAAUCAGCAGUCAGGAGCCCAUGUUGAGCUCCAGAGAAACCCACCUCCGAACACAGACCCUGGCGUACGAAUAUUUACAAUCAGAGGAGUUCCCCAGCAAAUUGAACUCGCUAGACAUCUCAUAGAUGAGAAAGUUGGUGGUACCAGCAUGGGUGGACCUGGAGGAUUUGGUCAAAGUCCGUUCAGCCAAGCACCCGCUACACCUCAUCAAAAUGGUCCUCAGGCGUUCAUGACGCAGGGUUGGGGCAGUACCUACCAGACGUGGCAGCAGCCUGGACAGCAAGUCCCAAGCCAACAGAGCCAGCAGCAGAACAGCCAUCCCGAUUACAGCAAAGCAUGGGAGGAGUAUUUCAAAAAACAGAGUCAUGCUGCCAGUGCUGCUUCUCAGGCAAGUUCCCAGCCGGACUACACGAUGGCUUGGGCAGAGUAUUACAGACAGCAGGCUGCCUACUACGGGCAGACACUAGGGCAGGCUCAGGCCCACAGCCAGGAGCAGUAGAACAAGGUCCUCGUGGCAAUUUUUUUUUUUCCUUGGAAUCAUUGUGGAAGAAAACCUUUUUGUAACAGAGGUUUCUAGAUUUGCAACAUUUUGAUGAAGACUUUUCUGUUUGUUUGUGAAACACUAGUUGUAGGAUAAUCUAUACUGAACUUUUCUAAGAAUCAGGAACAAUUAGUAAUGUACUAAACUUAUGGACAUGCUGGUAAUUUUGUUUCCAAAUUUGUAAAAAAAAAAAAAACAAAAAAACAAAAACAAACCUCCGGGAUUCUUUUUGGAGAGAAGCCAGAGAAUUUGCAGGCACCAAAACGCACCCCAGAGCUGUGACAUUUCAACAUGUGGGUUUUUGUGUGUGUUUUUUUCCUUUUAAUUUUCGAUCUUUUCUGUUGCAACAGAAAGAGUGGCUUGGAAGUCUUAGGUGGUAUGUAACAAAUCCUAAAAAGAAAAAAAAAUUUUAAACAGUAUUUAAAUAUUCUUAAAUAUGUAAAUUCAUUAAAUGUUUUACUUCUAAUUUCUUGUACCUUGGCUGUCUUUGAUUUUAUUGCCUUUUUUAAAAAACUGAACUAUGAUAUGUAUUGUAAUUAAUUAUGUGAAUUCUGUAUUGAGACAAUUACUGUUUUGCUGUCAGGCAAGUUAUGGGUGGGGGGGCAUUUUGUAGGGUUUGUAUAAUUUCUAGAGUCUAAAGGGUUAAUAUAAAAAUGUGUUAAUUUUUUUAGCAAUACAUUUUUUCAUGUCUCCAUUGCUAGUUGCAUUUAUGUAUCUAAGACCUCCAAGCUUGUUUAAAAAAAAAAAGAAGAAAAAGAAAAGCAAAAAAACUUUCCUCUAUGCUCUCAGAAAUAUAAAUACUGUUAUUUUUAAUAUUAAAAUGAAUCUGCUAUUAGUACCUUUAACAAACACUGUGGAACAUAAAACCAUAUAAAAGGUAGUAACUAUUUUUUAAUUCCAAGGUGUUUUUUGCUUUUUCAUUUCUUUUAAAUAUUUUCUUAUCUAAUAUUUGUCAAAUUACCUAGAGAAAUAAAUGAAUCUAGUAUUAACCACAGUAUGAGCUAAAUAAUUUUGAUUUAAUAAAAGGGAUAAUAUGAUUUCCAAUGUUUACUGUAGUGUUUCUUGUACAGAUAACAGUGUAUUUUUAAAGGAAAAACGGAAUUGAAGCUAUUUUUUCUUGCAUUUUUAAUUGCCCUGCGGGACAUUCCGUUUUGAAAUGUACUGAAGUUACUGUUCUUGGGUUCUUUCCUUAUUUUUCCUUAUGCUUGAAAUGUCUAACUAUAAAGAAACGCAAUUGGAUAAUGUUGAGCAUGGUGUUUAAAAAAAAAAAGUGUUCUUUUUAUUUGACUGACAGUUGCAUUUUACACUCUAUAUAAUAAAAUUUCCACAAGAUGUCUUGUGGAUGAAGUA